AUGUCUAUAUCCUCGAAAGAGACAUCACUGAAGUACCUGAGUCAGACAAUUGAUCUUGCUAAGAAAUCACCUCCGAAAUCAACCAAUUUCCGUGUGGGUUGUGUUAUCGUCUCUUUCUCAAGCGUGAAUCCAGCAGGCACAAUACUAAGUACAGGCUACACCCUUGAAUUACCUGGCAAUACCCACGCUGAGCAGUGUGCUCUUACUAAGCUCGCAGACAACUUCGCAAUCACAGAGCCCGAGAUUUUCACACUACUUCCUUCCGAGGCCCACACGACUCUAUACACAAGCCUAGAGCCGUGUAACCUAAGGUUAUCAGGUAAUCUACCUUGCGUUCAGCGGAUCAUCGCCACGAGACACAACGAUAGCGGAAUUCAGAAGGUGGUCUUUGGUGCUAAGGAACCCUCGACCUUUGUCAAGGAUAGCCAGAGCUGCAAGGCAUUGACGGAAGCCGGCAUUGAGUGGGAGUACUUGCCGGACCUUGAGGAGGAGAUUUUGAAAGUUGCAAUGGAGGGUCACGACAAAAAGGGUGUGGAGGCAGAGCAACAGCAGAAGCAGCAGCAGGGAGGCAUACAGCCAAGAGGAGGCGUCAACAAGAUUCUUGGUGUUAUGCAGUCUGCUAGAGAUGCGAAGAAGGAGAGGACCAAGGCUGAAAACGGCAAUGUCGAGGCGCACGGAAGCUCAAGCAAUAGGCAAACUCAGGCAGGAGACGGUACACAUUUGCAAGAAUCUUCUGCACCACGAAAUCCCAAGAAGCGGAUGAUGGAGGCACCUCCUGGUGGUGAGGAUGCAUGA